AUGUUUUCUCCAUUUUUUCGUCGGUUCCUUUUCUUUGUGUUGUCCUCAAAGAUACUUGAAGCACUGUAUGCAGAAGGUUAGUUUUGGAAUUUCAUUCUUGUUGUUGUUCUUUCUUAUAUUCUCACAAGCAAAGCCGUUUAAACCUAGACCGUAAGUAAAAAAAAAGGGAAACAUAACACUAUUUUUAGAGAAUUACAAAGCACAAAGAAAGAUCUUUAAUUGAAAAAAGAUUCGAAUAUUUUAGCUAAGAGUGUAUUCAAGAAUAGUAGUAAGAAAAAGCGUUUGCUUCCUCAUCCUCCAUACUUCAUGUCUUGACACCCUAAUCCACCCCUCAAGUUUGCUAAAAAAAAUGAGUUUGAAGCCCAUUUGUGCUUACUAGUAUCCAAAACCAUUUAUCUAGUCGCGUGUGGAAAAUUAAGCGGAAGGUUCAAAAUUUUAGUUUUCUGGUUUUUGGCAAGCGUAGAUAAGUUAGUUUUCAAGGAUUUACACAUAUUUUUACAAGUCAGUUAAAUAUUUUUGUAACUGAAUUUAUCACUUGAAGUUACCAUAUUUUUCGCGGGAGUUUUUUGGCCUGUUUCGUGGAAUAACAUUGUUUUUAAUAUAAUUAUAACAGAAUCGCAUGCAAUGCACCGCCCAAAUCAUCUUCAAGAUGUUUUUGUAAAAGAAGAGUACCACUUUUUAAACGUCACUGGAAUUGGAACGUUUACAGUGUACGACAUCUUUGACUGCACCUUUGAAUGCCUCAAUAAUCCGUCAUGUUUGUCUUUGAACCUGGCCGCCUCCAAAGGAUCCGAUGGAAAACUUUGGUGCGAAUUGUUGACUUCGAAUGAAGACAUCAACCCAGACGAGUUCAAAGAAAACAAGACUUCACACCACUUUUCCUUGAAGAUGCGAACAUAGUUUUAAUUAAACAAGCUCUAAAUUAUUAAUUAUCCUGCAGUGUCAAGACUGAAAAACCUAAGCUGAGUAUAGAUCUCAGAAUUUUAAGAAACACCCCUAUAAAGCCUUAUUUAGUAAAAAACUCAAAAUUUACAGGCAAUUUCAGUGGAAUAAAUUAGAGUAAACAGUGACUUAUUUGUUUCUACUGGGGCAGACGAUAGUAGACUAUUUCCAGAAAGGCAAACAUCAAUAAAGCGCUCAUCUCCUAAAAGAGAUGAGUCUUAGAUUAGACUACUCUUCUCCGCAUGCUUAAGCGUUGCGUGACGAGACAAAAACGGCUGUGAGGGAGACUAUAGAUUGUUGAACUGGUCAGACUUGAGCUGAGAUUGAAGUUCCCACUGGUGGGAAUUGGUGCAAAGGCAAUACGUAGUCGCCUGUUUUGUCUCUUCUAGGGUAGA